AUGCAUAGUAGUAAAACUAUAGAUGAAAGUUCAGGCUUAGCAAAAAAACCAGAAAUUAUAACAUUUUAUAAUGCCACAAAAGCAAAACAGCUAAUGGAUGAACAGUUACAAUAUCGUGCAACAAUACUUUCACUUCCAAAAAAUAUUAAAACGCGACUAAAUAUUUAUGGUUACAAACCAACAUUACAAGUAGGUGAGCAACGGGUAAGAGCGUCAGGAAGAUGUCAAUUUUGUGACCGCCAACGUGACAGAAAAACUACAAAAGUAUGCACUAACUGUGCAAAACUUAUAUGCAGAGACCACUUAGUAGAAGUAUGUCCAGAGUGUUUCAGUGAGAUGUAA